AUUCGACAGCUAUACGACACACGCUUGCGGUCUUUUUGAAGAACAAUGGAUGCUGAUUUGUAUGAUGAGUUUGGUAAUUACGUUGGCCCUGAACUUGACAGUGAUGAUGAUGACGCUGAUGAUACAAAUGACGAUGAGGCAGAUUUAGUGGACAAAGAUGAGGACGAGGAUAUGGAUCAGGAUGAUGCUGAUGAGCAGCCGGAGAUGUCCGUUGUCCUGCAUGAAGACAAGAAGUAUUAUCCAACAGCAGAGGAGGUCUACGGACCAGACGUUGAGACUAUUGUGCAAGAAGAGGACACGCAACCAUUAACAGAGCCAAUUAUAGCGCCGGUGAAAAAGAAAAAGUUUUCCAUGGCAGAACAAGAUCUCCCAGACACAACAUACAACAUGGAAUUUCUGGCUGAUCUGAUGGAUACACCGGAAUUGAUUCGAAACGUUCUUCUGUGUGGUCAGUUGCAUCAUGGAAAGACAUCAUUUGUGGACUGCUUGAUUGAACAGACGCAUCCAGAUAUUCAAAGUCGAGAAGAUAAAGAUAUGCGAUACACAGAUACACUUUUCACAGAGCAAGAACGAGGUGUGAGCAUCAAAGCUACUCCAGUCACUGUUGUCAUGCAAGAUACGAAGAAUAAAUCCUAUCUCAUGAAUGUGUUCGAUGCACCUGGCCAUGUGAAUUUUUCUGACGAGGCCACAGCUGCCAUGAGGUUGUGUGAUGGAGCCUGUAUAUUUGUGGAUGCCGCCGAAGGGGUGAUGUUAAACACAGAACGUCUGAUCAAACACGCCCUUCAGGAGAGACUGGCGGUCACGAUCUGUAUCAACAAGAUCGACCGACUCAUUCUCGAACUGAAGCUGCCGCCAACAGAUGCCUACUACAAACUGAGACACAUUCUUGAUGAAGUCAACAACAUCAUUGGUACCUAUUCUGAAGAUGAAGAAAACAACAUGGUCUCCCCACUGCUGGGCAAUGUGUGUUUUGCCAGCUCCUUCUACCGAUUCUGUUUCACGCUCCGCUCGUUCACACAGAUCUACUCCGAUACAUACGGUGGAAUUAAUGAAAAGGAAUUUGCUCGGAGACUGUGGGGAGAUAUCUACUUCAACAAUAAAACGAGAAAGUUCACCAAGAAACCACCUCACAGUUCAUCACAAAGAAGCUUUGUUGAAUUCAUCUUGGAACCCCUUUACAAGAUCUUUGCACAGAUUGUUGGAGACGUGGAUGAAUGUUUGCCGCGGGUCUGCGAUGAACUUGGGAUCCAUCUUACCAAAGAAGAACAGAAGCUAAACAUUAAACCACUAAUGAGACUGAUUGGCAGAAGAUUCUUUGGCGAUUUCACAGGUUUUGUUGACAUGUGCGUGGAAAACAUACCGUCUCCAGUAAAGAAUGCCAAAACAAAGAUAGAGCACAUCUACACAGGCCCAGCUGAUUCUGAACUUGCUGAGGAAAUGUCUCUCUGUGACUCGGACGGUCCUCUGAUGAUCCACACCACGAAGUUGUACCCGACAUCGGACGUGACGAGUUUCCACGUGUUCGGUCGCGUGAUCAGCGGCACGCUCUAUUCGAACCAGGAGGUGAGGAUUCUGGGAGAGAGCUACACGUUACAAGACGAGGAAGACUCCAGGUUCGGGCAGGUGGGCCGGCUGUGGAUUGCAGAGGCAAGGUAUAAUGUUGAAAUAAAUCGAGUUCCAGCUGGAAAUUGGGUUUUGAUUGAGGGUAUUGACCAGUCCAUUGUUAAAACGUCAACCAUUACAGAUGCCUCGGGUCAUGAGGAGGUAUAUAUUUUCCGACCUCUAAAAUUUAACACAAGUUCUGUUGUGAAGAUAGCAGUUGAGCCUGUGAACCCAUCAGAACUGCCCAAAAUGUUGGAUGGGUUGAGAAAAGUUAACAAGAGUUAUCCCCUAGUGAUCACAAAGGUUGAGGAGUCAGGUGAGCAUAUUGUUCUAGGAACAGGUGAACUUUAUCUUGACUGUGUCAUGCACGAUCUCCGCAAGAUGUAUUCAGAAAUAGACAUUAAAGUGGCUGACCCAGUGGUUUCGUUUUGCGAGACUGUAGUCGAGACGUCAUCUUUAAAAUGUUUUGCUGAAACUCCUAACAAAAAAAACAAGUUGACCAUGAUUGCGGAACCGCUGGAAAAAGGUCUGGCAGAGGACAUUGAAAAUGAGGUGGUGCAGAUCACGUGGCCGAGAAAGAAACUGGGAGAAUUCUUCCAGACCAAGUACGACUGGGAUUUGCUGGCUGCUCGGUCCAUCUGGGCGUUUGGACCUGAUGCUACAGGACCCAAUAUUUUGGUAGACGACACUCUACCAUCUGAGGUCGACAAAAGUUUACUGGGUGCUGUGAAAGACAGCAUUGUUCAAGGUUUUCAGUGGGCCACGAGAGAGGGACCACUGUGCGAUGAACCUAUCAGAAACGUGAAGUUCAAGAUUUUGGAUGCCAUGAUAGCGCAAGAACCUAUUCAUCGAGGAGGCGGACAGAUCAUUCCGACCGCCAGAAGAGUGGCAUACUCAGCUUUCUUAAUGGCAACUCCUCGAAUGAUGGAACCGUACAACUUUGUCGAGGUCAUGGCUCCAGCUGAUUGUGUGUCUGCUGUUUAUACGGUCCUAGCCAAAAGGAGAGGUCAUGUUACCCAAGAUGCACCCGUCCCAGGCUCGCCACUGUACACAAUCAAGGCUUUCCUUCCAGCCAUUGACUCGUUUGGUUUCGAGACCGACCUGAGGACGCACACACAGGGUCAGGCGUUCUGUCUCUCCGUUUUCCACCACUGGCAGAUCGUGCCUGGUGACCCUCUCGAUAAAAGCAUCAUUAUCCGCCCCCUCGAACCACAGCCUGCCACACACCUGGCCAGGGAGUUUAUGAUCAAAACACGGAGGAGAAAGGGCCUGAGUGAGGAUGUCAGUAUCAACAAGUUCUUCGACGAUCCUAUGUUGUUGGAGUUGGCCAAACAAGACGUCAUGCUUAACUACCCUAUGUAAUGGUCAGUGUGGAAUAUUAAUGGAAGAAAAUAACACUUUAAAACUCAUGUGGUGCAGACAGAAAAAAAAAAAAAAAAGACAUUUCCAAUGUGAUGAUGUGAUGUCAGUGGUGCAUUGCCCAUCAUGAGAUGACAAUGUACAGUGUUACAAUUCAAACCGGACCCUGGUUGUAUGUUUCCAUUACAAGUUGUGCCGGAUUCAUCUUCACUAUUAACAUGCCAUUGGAAGGCUGUAAUUUUCAACUGUGUAAAUAUUCAUCUUGUUACAACACAAUUGAAGCAUUGGGCUGGACGUUUUAAUUGUGUAAACUGUAUAUUCAUACAUGAAUUAUAUUGUUAUUUGCCAGGCCCAUAUGUAAAUCACCAUCAAAUAUUAAACAUUAAAAUGGA